AUGAAGAUCUCUACACUUUGCGUUGCAUCCCUGUCAUUGGUGGCAAGUUCUUCCGCAUUCUCAGGUUCCAUUACGAAAAAUGUGGCAGUUCCUGGGCUUCAAAAUGGAAUGGACUAUUGCAAGCUGGGGACAUCUGAUUUGGAAGUCUCCAAAGUUUGUAUGGGAACAAUGACAUUUGGACAGCAGAAUACUAUAGAGGAAGGAGUGGAGCAACUUAACCUUGCGUUUGAUAACUAUGGAGUCAAUUUCAUCGACACUGCCGAGCUCUACCCUGUGCCUGGCAAGCCAGAGACCCAGGGAGACACCGAUCGGACAGUAGCGGCAUUUAUGAAGAAUCGCAAACGUGACGAUGUCAUUUUGGCAACCAAGGUGGCAGGCUAUAGUGACCGCAUGACUUGGAUGCCACGAAAGGAGCCUGACCAACCAACCUGUUUGAGCAAGGAGCAAAUCUUGUACAGUGUCGACCAAUCCUUGAAAAGAUUAGAGACGGAUCACAUUGAUCUGCUACAAUUGCACUGGCCCGAUCGCUACACUGGUGGACUCUUUGGACAACCAGACUUUACCCCAACGCAACUACGAGAGGAUACUGUUCCAUUUGAAGAAACUCUAGAAGCACUACAGCAGGUGAUUGACGAGGGGAAAGUAAGAUAUGUUGGUGUGAGCAACGAAACUCCCUUUGGUGUUUGUUCCUUGGUAGAACUUGCCAAGAACAACCCGGACAAAUACCCCAAAAUCGUUUCCACACAAAACUCCUAUUCGUUGGUGGUGCGCAAAGACUUUGAAGCUGGGCUGGCGGAGGCUUGUUAUCAUCAUCAGGUUGGCCUGUUGCCGUAUAGCCCCCUGGCUGGUGGUUCCUUGACUGGGAAAUACAAUGACAAGGACUCUCUUCCUGAAACCUGCCGCUACAAAAUGUUUCCGGGCUUUAUGGAUCGCUACUAUGGCAGUCAAAACGAAGCUGCCGUGAAUGCAUACGGCAAGAUUGCCAAGGAUAAGGGCAUGACACCAGCACAAUUGGCCUUAGCUUGGUGUUUUCAUCGAGAACACGUGGCUUCUACUAUCAUUGGUGCGACUGCGAUCCCUCAAUUAAAGGAAGAUAUUGAAGCCUACGAUAUCAAGCUGGACGAAGAAACCUUGUCUGAAAUCACCAAAGUAUACAAACAAUACACAGAUCCUACAAAGUUCGCAUAG